AUGGAAAUCGGAGUUCAAAAAUAAACAGAUGAGGAAAAGCAAGCAUAACCAGAGCAAUUCAACAAACUUGAUGAUAGUGGUGAUAAAAAGUAAACAGGAUAUUGUGGAUUUCUUACAGUGGAAUAUUAUACUCCCUAUUUCAAUGUGACAGAAACAGAUGUUAUACAAAGAAUCAAAGCUACCUUUCUUCCUUUCCGACCAGACUUCCUCAAUAUUACCAAAGAGAACCCAGAUUUAUGGGGGCCAAUAUGGAUCAAUGCCACUUUAAUUUUUAUGAUUACAGCAAUUGCAAACUUGAGACAAGUAGAUUCAGAAAAAGAAAAUCAAUCCUUUGAGGUUGGUUACGUGCCUUAAGCAACAGCAUUGCUCUACAUAAUUGCAUUUGGAACUCCUGUCAUUUUAGCUAUUGUGAUGAAGAUCUUGGGAGUCGAUUUGAGUUUCUUCUAAACAAUUUGUUUGUAUGGUUAUUCCAUGUCAACAUUGUUGCCCAUCACAAUUCUAUGUUACUUUUAGAAUGAGAUGUUUUUGUGGAUGAUCAUCGCAUAUGGAGUUGGAAAUUCAAUAUUGUUUUUAAUUUUCAAUUUGAAAGAAGAGUUAGAUAAGUUAUAGAUUCAAAAGAAGUACAUCAUUAUUGGCAUAGUAGUUACAAUGUAAUUGUCUCUCUACUUGUUUUAUAAAUUGGUUUUCUUUUCUUAUGUAUCAGAGGGAAAAAUAGAAUUAUCAUCUGCAGCAUAAGAAGAAAGUUAACCUGGAAAUUGA